AUGGAAAACCUACGAAAACAAUUCACAAAGGAAAAGGACAUAGUUGGCCGGGUCAAGCCCAACGGUCAUUGCAAGAAACACCCCAAACACCGCCAAUCACCUGGCGUGUGUUCUCUUUGCUUGAGGGAAAAACUUACUCAACUAUCUGCUUCUACCUCACGUAGAACAACCUCUUCUUCUUCUUCUUCUUCUUCUUCUUCUGCUUCUUCUUUGUCGUCCUAUUACUCCUCAUCAUCUUCCGCUUCUUCUUGUGCUUCUCCAGUGCAUUGUUUCCGUUUUGUUGCUGAGGGAAAGAGUAGCUCUUCGGUGUCGUUCUUUAUGCUGAGUGGCAAGCAUGGAAUCAUAAAGAGCAAGUCAUUGGCUCUUAUUCCAAGAAGGAGAAGUCGUGAAGGUGGAGUCCCUUGUGGUCAUAAUAAGAGUGCAAGCAGAACUGGGUUUUGUUUCAAGUUGCUUCAUACUAAAAGCAAGAGAAUGAAGGACACUGAGCCGGUUCGUUCUAUGUCUAGUAUAAGGGAAACCGUGACCGCAACUAGCUGAAA